AUGGCAAAAAUUUUCGCCCAAACUGUAUUUGUUCUUUUGGCUGUUGCCUUAACAUUCAGCAAAUCGAGCAGCACCUUUGCAACCCCAAUUAAAGCGCGUCAUUUUUUGCAGGGUUUUAAACCAGUCAUUUUUACCAAUAUUCUCGAUGAAAAUACUGCCACCACUGAAGCGGCUACUACGAAUUUAUUGGAGAUCGAGGCAGCCAAUACAGCCCAGACUGCUGCAGCUUUCGAUCACGAAACUGCUGCUACAACGCUCAUCAAAAAACGUCAUUUUUUGAAUAAUUUUAAACCCGUCAUUUUUACUAAUAUUCUUGAUGAAAAUACUGCCACCACUGAAGCAGCUACUACGAAUUUAUUGGAGAUCGAAGCAGCCAAUACAGCCCAAACCGCUGCAGCUUUCGAUCACGAAACUGCUGCUACAACACUUAUCAAAAAACGUCACUUUUUGAAUGGUUUUAAACCGGUCAUUUUUACUAAUGUUCUCGAUGAAAAUACUGCCACCACUGAAGCGGCUACUACGAAUUUAUUGGAGAUCGAAGCAGCCAAUACAGCCCAAACCGCUGCAGCUUUCGAUCACGAAUCUGCUAUUACAGCAUUUGCUCAACUAUAA